GACUUAUUUUAAGCAGAAGCAGAAGCAACAAGCAGCUCAACACUCACUGCCUGCAACUUCAUCCAUCAACCCUUCAACUCUUUAAUUCAUCUCUACUCAGCUUUCUAAUUAUUACUUCCAAACCAAAAAUGGCUUUCAGGAACGCGGGUUACUGGAAAUCGAUGGUGAAUCGACUGCAAGGAAGUUGGAGUUUCACCACAUCAACUUCCCCCAAGCUAAAAGCUUACGCCCCCACUGCUCACCAUUACCUCCCCUCUCCCAGCUCGGCCCCAGGAAUUAAGUCCAAGCUACCAAAAGGCGACUUCGUUCCUGUGUUUGUUGCGGUGGGGAUGAUAGCCCUGCAGGUGAGUUUCGGCGCAUACACCAUCUACCAUCAGCUGCGUCGUAACCCGCAGGUGUACCUGAAGAAAUCAAGAAGGGAGACGGUCCCGGAGGUGGUGGAGCCGGAGCAGGUGGCGGAGGAGGCGGAGGAGUACGUGAAGCAAUCGUUUUUCAGGAAGGUUGCGCACAUACAGGACUACGAUCGGCAAGAAGUGAUGUCGGAUCCCAUUCGUGGCGAUGCUUUCACCAGGCCUCUACGCUACGACUCGUUGAAAGACAUUGGAGUCGAUCCUAAGGCUUGAGUGGGAUUGGGAGUUGAAAGUGUUUUGUAUUUACUUAGAAACAACGUAGUUUUUGGUAUGUUUGUUUUCUAUGAAGUUGGAAGUUUGUAGGAGAAAUCAUCACAAGAAAGCUCAUAUUUUGACGAGCUGGAAAACAUUAUUGUCUUGUCAGAUUCAUUUUUAUCUUCAGUUUUUGUUUGUGAAACUGGGACAAAGAUGGAAACAUGCACAGUGUUUGGUUUUGUGUUUCGGCCCACUUCAGAGAUGGGUCAAAACAUAAGAUUGUUUU